AUGCGGCACCAGAGCCAUUGCGCGCCUCUCGACACGCAGAAUCUUACCGAGAUGACUGAAUCACGAACGGGAGAACGUCACUUGACCUACAGAUACGGUUUCGGUCCUGAAGAUUUCUUCACUUAUCGACUAAAACCGGAUGAUGAGAAGCCCAUACCUGGUGUCACAAAUGGAGACUAUAAAGUCAGCUAA